CUCCCUGGGAGGCAGACACGGGCAUACCGGCUGGUGCUGGUCACCGAGGGGCAGGCUGUCCCCGUAGGUCUGGGAAGGAGGUCGGUGGCCCCAGCGAGUGCCAGUCAGCUUUAAAAAAAAGGUAAAACUCACUUCUGUCUAUACUGAAUAGCAAAAAAUAAGUGACUUCGGCCACUGCAAAUCAUGGCACUACCAUUCCGGAAGGACUUAGAGAAGUACAAGGACCUGGACGAAGAUGAGCUCCUUGGUAAUCUGUCAGAAACAGAACUGAAACAACUGGAAACUGUUUUGGAUGAUCUUGAUCCUGAGAAUGCCCUUCUGCCUGCAGGGUUCCGGCAGAGGAACCAGACGUCAAAGUCCUCCACGGGGCCAUUUGAUAGAGAACAUCUCCUUUCAUAUCUGGAGAAGGAAGCAUUGGAGCAUGUGCCCUAUACUGGAGAAAAGAAAGGGAAAAUAUUUAUCCCUAAACAGAAACCUAUACAGACUUUUGCAGAAGAAAAUGUAUCUCUUGAUCCAGAAUUAGAAGAAGCUUUGACAAGUGCUUCUGAUACAGAACUAUGUGACCUCGCAGCUAUUCUUGGUAUACACAACUUGAUAACAAAUACACAGUUCUGUAAUAUAGUGGGAAGUAGUAAUGGUGUCAACCAAGAAAAUUUUUCAAAUGUGGUGAAAGGUGAAAAGAUUCUUCCAGUAUUUGAUGAGCCACCAAAUCCAACCAAUGUGGAAGAGAGCUUAAAGAGAAUUAAAGAAAAUGAUGUUCAUCUUGUUGAAGUUAAUUUGAGUAAUAUAAAGAAUAUCCCAAUUCCAACCCUAAAAGAUUUUGCGAAGGCUUUGGAAACCAACACACAUGUGAAGUAUUUCAGUCUUGCAGCCACCUGGAGCAACGACCCUGUUGCUCUUGCUUUUGCAGAUAUGCUAAGAGUGAACAAAAAUUUGAAGAGCUUAAAUAUGGAGUCCAACUUUAUUACAGGAGUUGGGGUUCUAGCACUGAUUGAUGCCUUAAGAGAUAAUGAAACACUGAUAGAGCUCAAGACUGACAACCAGAGGCAGCAGUUGGGGACCUUGGAAAUGGCCAAGAUGCUUGAGGGAAAUACAAAUAUCCUUAAAUUUGGCUUUCAGUUUACGCAACAGGGACCCCGAACUAGGGCAGCUAAUGCGGUAACAAAAAACAAUGACUUAGUUCGCAAGAGACGAGUUGAAGGAGACCACCAAUAAGUUAACCAAGAUAUUAUCUUUGGAAGACUUAAGAAGGUCACCAAGGGUCAUGAUGGUGAUAUCAAAUGUAACAUUUUCCUGGGUAGAAGGGAAAAGACUGGAAAUUUUUUUUUUAACUACAUAUAUCUUUUUUCUAGUUUAAGUUGUUAACCAGCUUCAAAUUGUAAAAUCAGUAGGUGUUACUUUGUAUUUUAAA